GAGAGACCGUACACACGAGUCGAGUCAACAAAAAGUGCACAGUGCACUUUGUGUGCUCCCUGCUUUUUCUCAAAAUUGUAAGUCAGACUAGCUAUGGAAUACUGUCUUCUAGGUUUGGGUGAUUCGUUAUGAAGACAAGCUGUUAAAGUGGUCAUCUUUGACCCCUUUGAUGGUCGGUCAGUAAGCUCCAAGAGCAUCCAGUUAUCAAUCCAAUCAAAGGGCCGUCCAACAUGGCCGCCAAGAUGACCCUGUUACUAGUCCUGGUUCUUUCUAUAACGACCACUGUGAUUGGUCAGCUGGUGCUCGUCAAUGAACCAUUGGAGGUUGCCAUUGGUCGGACGGUUGUUCUUGAUGAGAGGGUACUGGCCAUCCAGUCACCCGAGGAGGAUGAACAGUGUAAGGUUGAGGUCGCCAUUGAUGAACCUUUUUAUCAACGAGUCGGAACUCUGGAGCCCCAGGUAUUUGACUGUGAGUUCUUCCCAGGAUCCAUUCGAUACAUCCAUUCUGGCUCACCCCUCCUGGAUCAUGACAUCAUCAAACUCCGUGUCUACAUGCUGACUGGUACAGACACCAUUAUCGAGACUUUCUACCUUCAUGUCAAUGUUACGCAAGAGCAGUAUCGAGUCCUCCGUCCAAUGAUGUACAUCGAGGUAGACGAGUUUAACGGCAUCUCAGAUCCAAUUGAUAUGCGCAUAUUAGAUUUUGACUUCAAUCGCAGCGCGCCGGGCGCUUCUUGUUUUGUUAGAAUUAACACUCUAACGAGCAGUCUCCCACGCUAUGGAGAACUGAUUCAAGGGGAGGGCGAUGAAAUCAGGAUGGUGAGGGCACUUUACGAAAACUGCGAUGACUUUUUAUACUUGAAUAUUCGUUACCGGCAUAUCUUACCACCGUCGCCCAAUGUUGAUUAUAUUGAGUUGACGAUUGAGGUAGAGGAUUCCACGAAAUACGACCGGCCGUUCGUUGAGCGUUUUCAGCUCAUGGUGAACAUCGAUCCAGCAUUUGAGAAUCAGAAUCCGACGGAAGCUUUCUUAGCGCAAUACAUCAUGGACGUCGAUCAGUUUAUCCUGACGACCAUCACAACCGAUGUGAUGUCCGGUACAGACGAUGAAACAACAGCUGAUAGGCUUGUUUUUUACGUCUCAAAGCCGCCAGGCCCGGGCGAGGGCAGUAUUGUGCACCUCGACGACCAGAGUCGACCAAUCGAAUCAUUCAGCCAAGCGGAGUUACUGCGCUACAACAUUGCGUACAAACCGCCAGAUAGGAGCUACCCGGAGGUCAGAUUGAUUGAGAUUGAGUUUGAAGUUUACGAUGAGUACUUUGCUAAAAGUGAACCCAUAACGCUUACUGUAGCCGUGCAUCCCACCCAGACUAAUGCUCCACGAGUCUCAAUCAAUCGUGGGCUGACGUUGCUUGAGGGACAGUCCCGUCCGAUCCACCCGCAAAAUUUUGAGGUCGUAGAUAACGACAAUAUAAACAUGGUAAGAAUUAAAGUAGUAGGCGGCCCUCAUCAUGGGAGGUUGCUUUUAAACAAUCGUCCAAUGAUCAUGUUCACCCCACGCGACAUUGAAGCGGGGGCUGUGGUGUAUCGUCAUGACGAUAGUGACACAUUAAAGGACAGUAUUGAACUUCGAAUCAGUGACAUGACACAAACUGUGCAUACCUCAUUCCCCAUUAAUAUACUACCAAGCGAUGACAGUGCUCCCUCAUUGAUACGCAAUAUUCAAAUUGAGGUCAAUGAAGGUCAAACUGUACGCAUCACACGUUUCGCUCUCUUGGCCUCGGACAAGGAUUCCAAUGAUAAUUACAUCGUCUAUAGAAUCACUAACCCUCCGAUGGCCGGUGAGAUACUCAAGAAGUACUCGGCAGACAGUUUCGGAUACCCAGUCACCGACUUCACACAACGUGAUUUGUUCCGAGGAAUGAUUUACUACCACCACCUCGGUCGCGAAGAAUUCAUGGACUCCUUUGACAUUGUCCUUCUUGAUAACCACAUCCCGCCCAACGUCUCCCCAACCCAGAUGGUCCUCGUCACCAUCUCACCGGUUCACGAUCUCCCGCCGGAAAUAUUCACUGGUGUCACCAGUGCCAUUACUGUCAAAGAAACGGAUAUUGGUUACAUCACGCGAGAGCAUCUCCGCUACACCGACUCCGAAUCGGAGGACGAGGAACUACGCUAUACCAUCACAACCCCUCCUUACGUCAUCGCUACUCACAGUUUAACCAAUGCUGGUCGCAUCUUCUCAACCAUCGGUGUCGUCAUGCCGAUGAAAGACCCAACAAUCCAAGGAGUUCGGACUUUCCAACAGCGAGACAUCGACCACCACACGAUAGCCUACAUGCCUCCCUUCAAGGAAAUCGGACCGAACCCCAGAGAAAUCCGUUUCGUUUACUCAGUUUCGGAUAAACACGGGAACCUAGUUCUCGGUAAAUUUUUCGAUAUUACGGUUCUGCCCGUCAACAACCAAGCGCCGGUGAUCUUCGCUAAUAAUCUGAUGGUACCGGAGGGGGGAAUUUUGAUCGUUCAAGCGAUGCAUUUUACAAUCACUGACAUGGAUACGGACACGUCGGACCUAGUCAUCACGCUGGAGACACUGCCGGAGUAUGGACAGCUUGUCGUUGGAAAUGUAAAUCUAACGGAAGGUGGAACUUUCUCUGUUGGAGACAUCAACUCUGGUAGAGUAAGAUACAUCCACGGUGGAUCAGAAGUCCCCAGUGAUGAUUUUACACUCUCCGUAUCAGACGGCAUCCACAGUGCAACCCGUAAUGUUAUUGUGAGUGUCACCCCCGUGAAUGACCAAAUACCCGUGAUCCUCCCGGGUCUGGUAACCCACCUCACUAUAGCGGAGGGGGGUGAGAUCGCCAUCACUUCAGACAUCAUCGCGGCAACGGACAUCGAUACCAACGACAUGCUGUUGCAUUUUAUCGUCGUCCAACAUCCCAAAAGAGGCGUGGUUCUGCGGAACGGAAUCAUUGUUAACCGGUUCACCCAGCUGGACGUCCAGCAAGGCAGCAUCAGUUACAUUCACAUGGGUGGAGAGACUGGGAAAGUCUCUGUUUUCGACUCGGUGACCUUUGUCGUCUCAGAUAAAAGCAUCCCUUCAGCUGCCAAUCUUCCCGUCCACGAAAUCAACAUCACCAUCACGCCAGUUGAUAACCAGGCCCCGGGAAUCGUGUUCGGGAAUCCCUUUCUUGUCAACGAGGGAGACAAAGCUCCGCUGACUCUCGCUGUCUUGAGCGCGAUCGACCGGGACUCCAACCUUGACCAGUUGACCUUUCACAUCGUGGGUCAGCCGGACUGGGGAUUGGUGGAGAACAUCCUGCCGAGUCCGGGGUAUGAAAAAAGCAAUGCCGGUAAGCCCAUCAUUUUCUUUACGUAUCAAGAUAUCAUCGAUGGAAAUAUCAACUAUGUUCAGACAAUCCACUCCCAAGUAGAACCGAUGUCAGACUCCUUCAUUCUCUACGUCUCUGAUGGUAAACAUCUGUCCCCGAACGUUUCUUUCAUCGUAAAUAUAAUCCCGGUCAACGAUGAAAGGCCGGUAUUAACCGUAAGAAAUUUCACAGUCUUUGAGAAUUCGUUCUUCAAACUGAACACCAACUACAUCAUCGCCAGUGACUUAGAUAUUCCGAUGGAAAUGCUGAUGUUCUCCGUCGUCAAGUCUCCUCGGCACGGUUCUCUGGUCGACUGGGCUCUACCUCUUGAAUCUCGUCUUCCCAUCUUUGAUUUCAACCUGAAUCAACUAUUAAAUACGCUACGUCUGACCUACAUCCACGAUGGUUCGGAGAGUACGAGCGAUGAUUUUGCGAUCCGGGUAACAGACGGGAAGCACACUGUACAGAAGUCCAUCUUUGUCACAAUCAUGUCUGUUAACGACGAACCUCCUGAAAUUAUCAAAAACACUGGUGUGACGGUUGAUAUUCACGAAAGUCGAGUCAUCUCCCCUGUGCUUCUCCUUGCUCAAGAUAAGGACACCCCGCUAGAUGAGCUUUAUUACACCAUCGUGACUCUGCCAAAGCGUGGUGUUCUUCAGCGCAAGAUUUCCCCGGACGUUUGGAUCGAUAUCACUGUCUUAAACUCAAACUUCACUCAGGCUGAGUUGAACUCCAAUAUCAUCAGGUAUCUACAUUCCUCCGAUCUUGGCUCUAAGGGAUUGGAUCGCUUCAGGUUUGUCGUCACCGAUGGUGUUCACUCGACCGGGAAGGAGAGCUUUCGUAUCGAUAUUACCAAUACCAAACGAGAGCCGCUUCAGUUGAUCAACACAGGGGCAGAGGUGUUUGAGGGCGAGUUCGUCAUCAUAGCACCGGAGUGUUUGGCUGCGUUUGAUAAUGGUAACAACCUGGCGGAGAUCUUCUUCACUAUUAACGUCCCUCCAACUGAGGGUCAGAUUGAAGACUUAUCUCGGCCGGGAGUUCCUAUCUCGUCUUUCUCUCAGUUGAACAUAGUCGGGCAGAGAGUAAUUUACGUUCAUAAGCGCACUGACCGCAUUCGGAAUGAUAACUUCAUGUUCAGCGUGACCAACGGCUACCAGACCAGGAACGACACAUUCCACAUUGUCGUCAUCCCGGUGGAUAACGCUCUCCCAGCUCUCAUAAUCAACAAACCCCUCAAAAUUCCAGAAGGUGGAUCUGACUUUAUAAAACCCUCACACCUCGAAGCGAUCGAUCAAGACACGCCACCGCAUUGGGUAACAUUUAUCAUCGUACAGCCUCCACAGUAUGGUGCCCUCUACCUUGGCGGUGUACCAGUCUUUGAUCGCUUCACGCAGUUCGACCUCAACAACUACGACCUAUCUUACAACCAACAGGUUCCUGGCGCUGAGAGCGACGGAUUCUACUUCGUGGUCACCGAUAACACCAACGACGGUUUUACUGUCAAGAACUCCCCGCAAUCUCAACCGGUGAAGUUUACCAUCAACAUUGACCAUAUGGACAGCCAACCUCCACACCUGAUCACCAACGUCAUCCCGAUUAAGAUGGAGAAUCGGAACAGACGCUACGGGUUCAUCUUCAGCCAGCAGGUCCUCUACUCCGAAGAUGAGUGCCCGCCCGAGGGAAUCACGUACAUGAUCACGAGAGAGCCGGUCCACGGCCACCUGGAGAAUCUGGCUAAGAGGCAGCGUGUGCAGGGUCAGUUUACACAGCAAGACGUUAACGAUCGUAGCAUCAUGUAUAUCAUGAAGGAAGAGACUAAAGUGACCAAUGAUAGCUUCUUGUUCACGGUGUAUGACUGUAAUGGAAAUGCGCUGAUGGGUCAAAAGUUUGAGCUGAAAUGGCCGAUGAUCCAAUUCAUGCGUUCCGACUACAUGGUCUGCGAAACAGUCGGCACUCUCCAGAUCAACAUCAUGCGCGUCGGCUACCUCUCGCUCUCCUCCUUCGUGGACAUCGAGGUCACUGACCUCACUGCCACGGCCGGGGAGGACUACGCCCCGCCACGGGCCAGGCAGCUUCAGUUUGACCCCGGUGUAGCCAUGGCAACCUGGGAUGUUGAGAUCAUUGAGGACGGGCUCGAGGAGAACAGAGAGCGAUUCAGACUGAAGCUGGGAACGUCAGUCAACGCUGUUUUGGGGGAACAUGAUAAACUCACAGUGAUCAUCAAGGAUUCUAAAGAUGGGUCGUGUGCAGGCGAGAAUCAUGGAUUGACUAUAACUGAUACCUUACCCUCUUGCUGCCUGGAAGGAAUCACCCAGCCAGAUCCUAGACCUCUUUGUUGCCCAGAUCAAGGACCCAUCUACCCAGAUACACCUUAUUUAGGACCUAUUGGACCCCAGCGAAACCCUCCUGUACCCGGUGAAGACGCCUUCAAUCCCAUCUACCCUGUCAAACCAGGAGAUGGUACCCCCACUGGGCACCAAGGCGUAUACCCUGGUGUGGUGCCUGGAUCCUAUCCUGUCCCCGAGGGGUACAUUCCACAAGGUGGUCAAGGUUUUGUACCUGGUAAUCCUGACCCAGGAUAUGUUUACCCAGGAGGAGACCCUGGGUUUGUACCUGAAGGGGAGUGUUGUCCGCCAGACCAGGUCCCAGGGCAGGGUGAAACUGGGUACCCAUACCCUCAACAGCCGGAUCCAGGACAUGGAUUGCCUCAGCAACCAUAUACUCGGUUUGAUCAACAGGGUCAAGGUGUCUAUCCACAGGAUGCAGGAGUUCACACUCAACAGGGCCAAGGAGCAGUACCCAACCAACAGUAUCCUAGCGUACCGGAUAUACAAUGGAACCCGUAUUACAGUGGACAACCUCACCCAGAUGCUACCCCUGGUCGAGGUACAGGCUCAAACCCAAGUGAAGUACACCCGCCUCAGACUGGUGGUCAAGGACACCAAGUCUGGCCGUACUACACCAAAGACGGGCAGCCUUAUAUCCCAGAUCAGUUUGGCAAUCCCGCUGCUGCCACUGAUUCUCACGGAAGGCCGUAUCCCAGUCGUGAGACACCCUACUACCAACAAGGACAGGGGCCCAUUAGCCAGGGACCUGAUGAUGGGGGUGUCCCUUUCCAAGGUGACAGCCAUACAGUGCCUCAGUACCCGACUCACCAAGGACAGAACCCUCAGUUCCAACCGUCAUGGCAGACCCAUCAAGCUGAGAAUCCUCAAUACCCAGCCCAGAACCCUCACCAGAACCCAGCUGGUAGUUACCCUCGAGGUGGAACUGCUGAUAACCCUCAACUGGUUCCCUUCUACCCACAAACUGGAAUCAACUCGAGGGACAGAACUCAUUACUCUGGGCGUGAUCCGAACCCCAAUCCUGGUAGGCCUGUUGUUCCUGGCCAUGUUGCUAACGGGCAGCAUAUUCUCUCCAGACCAUCCGGGCAAAAUGGCCCAACACAUGUUUGGACACUUCACGGUAUAGCCUCCACACCUACUGUUGUUCACGGCCGCACCAGUUCAUCCUCCUCCUCCUCCUCCUCAUCAACCCAUCACCAGCCGCUGCCGUCUUCCUCACAGAGAGACCCAGUCAGGAUACCCCUAGAGGAGGUUCCCAGUCAUCUACCGUCUGAAGCCCUGGUAAAUCCCGACCAAUGGCAAGCGUCUACGGCUGAACACCGAGGAAGAGUGACCAGUGAACCAACGCAGCCAGUUCCAACACCCACUGAUUGUACAUCGACCAGCAAAGAUGACUUCAUCAUGGAGGAGGACACUGGUACCCUGUAUAAAUGUGAUGGUAACCGAUGGAUCCGAGUUGAAUGGAGUCAUGUCCAAGCUGACGACGCAACAAAUCAGGAUACUGGUUGUGGUGAAGGUUGGCUUGAGCUUGAUGGAAUGUGCUAUUUUAUAUCAACUGAAGCGAAAACUUGGAAUGAUGCCCAGAGGAGCUGCAGGGAAAGGUACCAUGGCAACCUGGUGACAAUAUCAACAACCAAGAUCUAUAAUUGGAUUCGUUCAGUUUCAGAGAGAAGGGAGCUUUGGAUAGGAUUAAACGACAAGCACACCAUCGACCAAUGGGAAUGGGUCUCCGGUGCCCCAGUGACGUUCACCCGCUGGAAGGUUGGUUCCCCAAUGCCUGGUAACCAUAGCGACCGAAACUGCGUCUCGUACAACAAUCACGCUCGAUGGAACGAAACGAAAUGCAGCAAGAACAAGCAAUUGUACAUGUGUGAGAAACGAUUAUGAUGACUGUCACUUCUUUAGUUGAUGGAAUAAUUGUUUGCUCUAAAAACAAAAUUAACAUGAAGGUUUGUUUUCAAAGAGGUGCCUGCAUCAUUUUCCUGUGCUUUUUCUAUAAACUUGAGCUGCAUUCGCAUUGGAUUUAUAUUUAACCAAAACUUUAGGUAACAUUCCAUUGGUAAGACUUGCCAGAAUCCCCCCUUUGAUUGUUUGACGUAGGGUAGACUGGGCCCCUUUCUUUAUCUGCAAGGACGAAGACAGGUACCUGCUACUCAGAUCCAGUAAUUCC